AUGGAUUUUACCGACGGCGAAAUGAUGGUACUCGGCGAUGACGGCUGUACGUAUCGUACAACCGUCAAAGGAAAACAAUUACAUAAACCAUCACAUGUACGAAGUUGUAAUCCCCUUCGUGUUGGUAUUGUUGGUGUUAUGGUUGUGUUUUCUUCGCUCUUGGUUGCUGUUACGAUUUGGAAAGUAAUACCUCAUGCUUCAACCUCUGUGGCAGCACCGCUGAAGAAAGAUCACAUGGAAAAAGUGGUUUUGAAAGCAAUGUUUAGCACAAAUUACAUGUCGGACGAUGAUAAUCUAUCGUUAAAUAUAAAAAAUACAGACGAAAUUACCAAUCAAUUGAAUGCAAAAUUGAAAGGACGGAAUAUUCGUGUUCUCAAUGCUUUUUUCCGCAAUCAUGUUAUAUCGAAACGCGAUCAUCAUAUGGCAUGUGAGAGCCCACUGUCCGGAAACGUUCUCCAAAUGAACUUCGUCACUUUCUAUCCUGAUCAAUGCAUCUCUGGAGAAACGAAUACAUGCAAGAGUCAAUUUAUCAAGGAAUUACAAGGUGCAUUCAAUACUCUAGCAGACAUUCCAAUGGAUGUCGAAUUCAAAGACGAUCGUUCAGCAAAUAUUCGUAUAAAAAUAUGUGGUCUUGCAGAAAAAACAGAGCAACAAGAAUUUGCAUUGAAACGAGCAAGAAAGGUGAAGAAAUACCCAACGCUAACACCAUUGGCACCUGAAAACGACAGAGCAAAUUUUCCAACAAAUGUUGAAACUCCACGUGUUGCAUUGAAGUAUUCGAGAUGUACUCAAAGCAUUGGUCGAAUUCUCCUUGUUCAACUCACCGGUGAACAUGGCUCAACCAUUCAAGAUGAUUUACGAACAAACGGAUACCAAUAUCAACAACAGCCGACGAUUUCACUCUAUGAAGAUACAAACUAUCGCCUACAUAUCGAGUUUGACUGUAGUCAAGCGCGAAGUAGAUAUCCGUCAGAUAACAAUUGUGAACUUUCACAAGAUGUCAACGUAUGGAUCAAUUUCGAUGGUGAUAACUCGUAUGGUUCGAAAACUUUAAUAUCUCCCAGAUCACGACCCAAUAACUACGUAUCGGGAAAUUCGUAUAAUUUGGAUAUACGUAUACCUAGCAUCGAUGGUCGAGCAAUCCGAAGUGGCCAAUAUCGAAUGCAAAUUGCUACUGUCCCAACUGAAGCAUAUCUUAGCGCCUGUGGUACUGCAGAUUUUGAAAGCACACGAGAAUACACAGUGAACGUCAUUCCAAAGUCAACAUAUACCGCUGCGGUUCGCGCACCACCUGCCAACAUUCGAUAUGCAGACCCAAUCUGUUCUCAAAAUACUGCUAAGAUCUCAUUGGUUCUGAUGGCUGGAGAACGCGGAUCUGAGAUACGAGAUGAUCUACCAUCUAAUACGUUGCUAAACGAUUAUUACAAUCGUCAUCAUUUAGCGGUCACGCUCUAUGAACACACAGUUUAUCUCAUUCGUAUUCAAUUGGAUUGUGCUUGGCAAUUGAAUACGGAGUUAUUUGAAAAUGGUUGCAAUCUUGCCCAAGAUGUGAAUGUCUGGAUUGAUGUUAACGACGAUGGACGAUUUGAUCAAACAGAAAUCGGAGCACCUUACCGAUGGCCGGUCACUAGCUACAUGGCACAAGGAAUCUACGAUAUGCAAAUUUCAGUACCUUUAAUCGACGAAAGAUAUGCCAAAAGUGGCCAACAUCGAAUGCGUGUUGUUGCUACACAUACCGAUCAUUAUCGAAGAGUAUGUGGUCGUAACGAUUAUAAUGAAACACGGGAAUAUACUAUGAAUGUCAUUUCCAGAGGUGGAUACCUAACGGCAGCUGACACGGCCACUCCAUACAUACCAUUGUCAGACAUUGCCUGUUCGGCACAUCUUGGUAAAAUUGUUCUGGUUGUAAUGGCUGGUGAACAUCGAACUCAAAUUCGAGAUGAUUCAGUAGUCAGAAGCUCAUUGACAACUAACAAUCGUUAUCGACAAAGCGAAGCCAUCGUUUUGUUCGAAGAUACCGUCUAUUUACUACGUAUUCAAUUGGACUGCAGUCGACUAUGGGUCAGCAAUUCCAAUGCAUACAGCUGCAGUCUUGUAUAUGAUGUCGAUGCUUGGAUUGAUCUAAACGACGAUGGCGUAUUUGAUAAAUCAGAGAAUGCUGUUCCUUAUCGUUGGCCACUAACAAGCUACACGCCACAAGGUGUCUACGAUCUUCAACUGUAUGUUCCUGUACUUGACACACAGAGAAUUAAACGCGGUCCACAUCGUCUCCAAUUAGCUGUAGCAAUGAAUGAUCAAUAUCGAAAAAAAUGUGGUAACGAUGAUUAUAAGGAGAUACGAGAGUACACUGUAUCCAUUGUUCCGAACACACGUGUAACAACGCAUGACAAUAUCCCUCAUUUGGUCUUAAGUGAUAACGUGUGCUCUCAAAAGAAUGGUAAAAUUGCUCUUGUUCUUAUGGCGGGUGAACAAGGUACUCACAUUCGAGACAAUAUAGCAACGAAUAAUAUCUUGCCAGAAGAUCAAAAUCGACACCAUCUCGCGGUUUCAGUUUACGAAAGUACCAUGUACCGAAUACGUAUUCAAUUAGAUUGUUUCCCACAUUGGAAAGGUGGUUAUCCGGAUCCCGGUUGUAAUGUUGCACAUGAUGUCAAUGUCUUCAUCGAUUUUAACAACGAUGAUCGAUUUGACGAAAGUGAAAGUCGUAUUCCACACCGGUGGCCAUUGCUUAGUUCCAUGCCGUUGGGUAUUUACGAUUUGGAUAUCGAAAUACCGGGCGUCAAUGGACAUAAUAUUAAAAGUGGAUCGCAUCGUCUGCGUGUUGUUGCGACGCCGAGUGACGAAUACACACGAAAAUGUGGCAAGACAGACUACCGAGAAACACGCGAUUAUACAAUAACCAUCUUAUCAAAAACAGGUCAUCGAGAGCUGGAAUAUCAAUAUGCACCCCCUCCUAGAAGCAUUGCACCAAUAAGUUAUGGAUUAUCGUACUGUCCAGUGGGUAAUCUGAUUUGCUCUCCUGAUCAUAAUACAAUUGCCUUCGUCAAUUUAUAUGGUGACCAAGGCACACAGAUCCGCGACGAUUUCAGUCAAUGUAAUUCAGCUAACAAUUACAACGAUCGAACUCAUCUCCAAGCAACAUUGAUGGAGGAUGCUACUUAUUCACUUCGGAUUCAACUACACUGUUCAUCACAAUUCGAUGACCGCGAUACAUAUGGUCAACAUCCCGCUUGCAAUCAUCCUCAAUACGUGGGUAUAUGGAUUGAUCUAAAUAAUGAUGGUGCAUUCGAUGAAAAUCAAGAACGCAUCCGUCCAAGAAAUCGAUAUGAAGAUGGUCAAUCCGUGGCUCAUUAUGAUUUAAGCAUUGCAGUUUCAAGACUUGAUGGAAGAAGUCAUUUAAGUGAACAACAUCGAAUGCGUAUAGUACUUGCACAAGACGAAAGAAGUCGAAAACCAUGUUACAGUGAUGGUUAUGGUGAAGUACGAGAUUAUACAGUACAGAUCAUUCCAAAAUUUGACUAUCAUAAUACUAUUUAG